AUGGCUGUCACCGUUCUCCCCGACUCCGAUCCUCUACUGCAAUCAGUCAUAUGUUUUGUACGGCAGUAUAUGUCACAAAAUGACGCAUCCCAUAAUUUCGAGCACAUUCAGCGCGUCGUCAGCCUCUCACAAUACAUAUACACACACUCAGCGGACCCAUUGCGUCAACAUCUCGACAUCAGGCUGAUCACGCUCUCGGCGCUCCUCCACGACGUCGGUGACCGAAAAUACCUCAAGUCCGACGAGGACCCUUAUACAAUGGUUUACACGCUCCUGCGGACCCUGGGCGCCCCCGAAGACCUCGCCACCCGCGUCCAGGCGAUCUGCCUCGGCGUCUCGUACAGCUCGGAGAUGAAAGACCCUGACCGCACGCGGCAACUAAUCAGGCUGCACCCGGAGCUGGCGGUCGUCCAGGACGCAGAUAGGCUGGACUCGAUCGGGGCGAUCGGCGUGGGGAGGUGUUUCACAUUCAGCGGGGCGAGGACGGACAGCACGAGCAUGGAGGAGGCGAUGGGCCAGGUCGAGACGAGGCUGUUGAGGGUCGGCGAGAUGAUGAAGACUGAUGUUGGCAGGAGGCUGGCUAAGGAGAGGAGUAAGAGGCUGAGGACGUUUAGGGACUGGUGGAGGGAGGAGGAAGGCAUGAUUGGGAUGGCUAGCGGUGGCUUCUGA